AUGUCUUCAUUGAUCGAAUGUCGGCCUCCGCCAUCCGAAAUGGAGCUUCUGUUUGAUGGACCUCUAUCUGGAAUGGUCAUCGUUCUUGGAGUUCUUGGAAACGUUUAUUGUAUCCAAGUUAUUUUCUCACGUUUUAUCAACGCCAAUAUGCUAGUUUCCUUGACGGCUUUGGCGGUUUGGGACAUUGUAAGUUAUAAAAAAAUUCCCGUUUUUUUAGAAAUGAAAAAAACUUCCUAAAAAAACUUUUAUCAAUUUUUUUAGAAAGUUUUUUUAUAAUCCUCGAGUUGAACCAACUUCUCAGAAAAAUUUUCUUGAAUGAUUCAUUUUGUAGGUUCUGUUGAGCUCGGCUUUAUAUCAUCAUUCCUUUUGGGCUUCCCUACAAUAUUUCCAAUUAAACAACGGACGCUGGGACCAACACAUGGUGGCGAUAAAUGGAGUCCUGGAAGGAGGACAUAUCACAGCGGUGAGUUCAACCGUACUCUGAUUUUUUCUUUCCAAUGGCUUUAUUUGUUUUCAGACCUGGCUGCUUAUUGCUGUUUCUGCUGAAAGGUGUUUUGCGGUAACUAGGCCUUUCCAUUUCAUGUCUUCCCACCGAAAACACCAAAGACAACAUUAUUCUCGGCUCCUUGGAGGUACGCUCAUUGAGAAUUUGGCUUCCUAUCGUAGAUUGGAGAUGAAAAAAGCCUUUUCAGACAAUAUUUUCAAGCUUAAAGAAAACGAAUCGAAAUAAUCUGUUUUAUCAGACCUCGGAGAUAAGCAUCAUCUCCAAUUGGAAAUAAUGUGUUUUCUUCUAUUAAUUCUAACGAUUUCACAAAGCUACUUUUUAGUUCUCUAACAUGCGCAAAAGUUUUAUAUUUGAAAAAAAUUCAGGUGUUAGCCACAGUCUUUGAUAACCAAUGAAUAGAACAGAAGUUUGCUGAGAAAUGUAUUUUGCAGUAUAAGAGCAACUUGUUUUGAGGGAUGUUCCGUUGGCCGAUGCUUCUGACAAUAGCUGCCUGCGUCAUCUCCAUUCCCUGCACUUUUGAAUACCAACUGGAACAGUGUGUCUACAAUAAUUCCACUUAUGAGCAAGUGAGAAACUCCGCUGGCAAAAAAAAAUCUAAAGGCUAACGCUUGAAAUAAAACAGAAAUAUUCAAGAAAGCUAUCUUUUGAUUAUCAAUUCUUUUCAAGACAUAUGUGUCGUUAACUGGCUCGUUUCAGAUACAAGAAACUGACUUGAUGAAGAACUUCUACUACAAACUCUUCUUUCGGACAAUUUUCCUAUCAGUCGUCAAAACUUUUGGACCAUUUGUGAUUAUCACAAUGCUCACUAUUUCCACCGUUAACGGGAUGAGAAAGGGGAUGGAGAACCGCGCGACGAUUUUUAAGGAGCAAGGCCAGAAUCACCUCUUCAAAGCGGAUCAGGAUAAAACUCGUAGCUUAUGGGUUUGUGAUAAGAUAAAUGCAAAACGAGACGAUCAAAAGAGUUUAGAUGAUCUCGAUCAUCCUUCUGGGAAAAUUUUUGCUCCUUCGCUGUUAUCCAACUGCCAUAGCCGUUUUAGAAGUGGGUUGUUUUUUUUUUUUGAGUGACCAAUAUAUUUUUCCGAACAUUUGAACUUGCUACUCUAAAACUAGAGAUUUUUAGGUUUUCUUCGGGAAUCAAAAACUGAACCUCUUGCCAAUAGAUAUUUCGCAGUUUUUCCUACUUUUGAACUCUGCCUCAAAUUGUUCGAUUCUCGUCAUUUUGAAGAAAGCUUUUGAAACUCGAAGGUUCGUUCUCAAGCUUUGCAAGAAUUAGCAAGAUGUUUCAGGCUGAAAAAGAUCAGAAUGCGUCAGCGCGCGCUUGUUGCGAAGCAUGCAGAGCAAGUGCUCAGCAUCGGAAAAGCUUUGGCCGGCGACAAGAUUUUCCUUUUGCCAACUUCCGACACAUCCGAACAAUUGGAAAACUCCUACGAAAUGACCCCAAUGGUCCAAAAAUUUUGA